CCUUUGAUUUAAACUACAUUUCCCAUGAUCCUUUCAACCGACGUCUUCUUCCUGUUGAAACAGGAAGUGUGGUUCUGGUGUAAACAUGAAGCGGGUUACCCGUCUCGCCUGUGAUGACGUGCCCGUCCCUGAGGAACAGGAGACCGAGGGCCAGAGACAGCUCCACAAUCUGCUGAUCCGGCAACUGGACACAGAGGCAAACAUAGAGCGGUGUGUGGCUAAGAGGAAGUGCUUCGCUCCGGCGGCGGUGUACAAGCCCUUCGGGGAGCAGGCGGCCGGCGUGCGGAGUCUGUCCCAGUUCCAGGCGCUGCAGGACGGGGAUCAGGAGCUGGCCGCUCUCAGAGAGUUGGGCCUGACGGACGCUGAGAUACAGCUGUGGAGGAGCAGGGACCGGCCCGAGAGCUCUGGGAAGGGGAAGGGCCGAGGGGUGUGUGUGGCACCAGAGGCGAGGGACAUGCGCCUGCAGGCCAUCCGGGAUAAGCUUGUGGCGCAUGCGGAGCUGCUGGCCCGACCCCAGCGCUUCUCCAGCAGCCGGCCGCUGUCCCGCCGCGAGAUGGAGAUCGAGAAGGCUCUCUUCCACGGCAGUGACCGCUCCAGCUUCCUCACGGCGCUCUACCAUCGAGAAGAAGAGCCACCGGUCCGCCAGCAGGGGGCGACAUCUGCCGUCACACUGGACCAUUUCUGUAAAGACUUUCUUGAAGGCCAGAACAAACAUGUCGCCAGUACUUCAGAGUGCUUUCCUCAACCACAAACUGCCUCUAAUAUCCUAUGCAAAUCAUCAAUCUCUAAAACCGACCAAUCAGCUCGCGCAGACUGUGAUUCCCGCCCAUCCAAAGAGCGGCACGUAUCCCAGGAUCCAGGCCCUGUUUCGGACACUGUCCAGUCUCGCGAUAAAAGAGUUGAAACUAUAACCGUCAGUCAGUCCAUCGGCUCCCUGAGCGCCGCGGUCGGCCAAGAGCAUGAUGGGCCGGUCACCGUCAGCGGAAGGAUAGAGGACAUCUCAGAAGAAGAGAUCGAGAACAAUCGUGAGACGGAAGAGGAUAUACGGAGGAUCCCCCGAUUCAAGAACUACCAGAGAGGAGAUCCGUCCAGCGUCCUGUGUGUGAAGAACAUGAGUCCGCGGGCCACCGUAGCUCAGCUGGUCUCCCUGUUUUCCCGGUUUGAGAAGGACGACGAGCGGCCCAUCCGGUACCGGCUGCUCACGGGCCGACUCAAGGGUCAGGCCUUCAUCACGCUCUCCGAUGUCAAACGCGCCCAUGAUGCUCUAGACUUGUUAAAUGGCUACAAGCUGCUGGACAGGCCUCUGGUCAUCGAGUUUGGCCGAGAGAGACGUACAGAGACUGAUGGGUCGUCUGCGGAUCCCAAAGCGAAAGAUCAACAGUCCUGCUACGAGAACCCGUCUAAAUGUGUUUAAGUGGCUUUUUCAUUCUGUUUUUGUGAAUAAUAAAUGAUUGUAUAUGCUGUUUAUCUGGAAAUAAAGUCACAUUGUGAAUCUCUUAAAUAAAUC